AUGUCAUCAGUGAAGCUGGAAGACUGCAGUCAAACACUAGAGCUGGAUGUCAACAUUAAAGAUGAAGAAGAGGAGGAGAAGAUUGGGAAAUCUGUUAGUCAUGGAGACCCUGUUGAGACAUUCUCUACAUCCAGAAAGCAACAGCAGGAAGAUCACAGAGCUAAGAGGUCUCACCACUGCCCACAUUGUGAGGAGAUUUUCCCAAUUCUAUCAAAGCUAAAAAUACACCUGAAAAUACACACAGGAGAGAAUCGGUAUUCCUGCACUGACUGUGGGAAGAGCUUCACAACAUCAAGUGAUCUGAACGUUCAUCAGAGAGUGCACACAGGAGAGAAGCCUUACUCUUGCUCUGACUGUGGAAAAUGCUUCACAGCAUUAUCUGAGCUAACAGUUCACCAGAGAACACACACAAGAGAGAAGCCUUACUUCUGCUCUGACUGUGGGAAGAGUUUCUCUCUAUUAGAUACCUUAAUCAAACAUGAACGUAUACAUACAGGACAAAAUCCUUACUCCUGCUCUGACUGUGGGAAGAGUUUCUCUCAACAGAGUAACUUAAAAAGACACCAACGUUUACAUACGGGAGAAAAGCCUUAUUGCUGCUCAGACUGUGAAAAGAGUUUUCCCCAAUUGAAUGAGUUAAAUAGUCACCAGCGAAUACAUACAGGAGAGAAGCCUUACACCUGCUCUGACUGUGAGCAAAGUUUCUCUCAACACAGCAGCUUAAAGAAACAUCAACGUAUACACACAGGAGAAAAGCCUUACUCCUGCUCUGACUGUGGAAAACGCUUCACAACAUCAUCUGAGCUAACAGUUCACCAGAGAACACACACAGGAGAAAAGCCUUACUUCUGCUCUGACUGUGGAAAACGCUUCACAACAUCAUCUGAGCUAACAGUUCACCAGAGAACACACACAGGAGAGAAGCCUUACUCCUGCUCUGAAUGUGGGAAGAGUUUCUCUCAACAGAGCAACUUAAAAAGACACCAACAUUUACAUACAGAAGAAAAGCCUCAUCAGUUCUCUCAGACCAGCUAAGAUUAAAGUCACUCCAUCACUUAAUUCUCAUGUCAUAAAGUAAGUGGUAACUGUGAUUUGGAUCCUAUUGUUUCUCACUGUGAGUGAAAUGUGCAGAGGAAAGGGAGCAUUAUAGAAUGUUAGCUUCUCUUUACUUUACUGAUCAGUGUACACCUUGUCAGUUUUGGUGUGUUUUGUUAGCUUCUACUGUAAAGAUAUUGAGAUGACCUUGGGUUUGCCCUGAUGGUUGACUGGGUGGUACUGCUUCCCUCUGCAGUUUUCAGUGGGAAUGAGCUAGUAGACACAACAUGUAUCAGAUAGAGAUGGUGUGAGAAUCAGUUUUCACCAUUAGUUUGGGUGGAUAUUUUUUGGGGACUGUAAGGUAUUUAUAAUAAGAGAUACCUGGAGAAAAUCAUAUCUCUCUGAAAUGGAAAUGGAUGGCCCUCUUUUCAGUUUAAUUGAUUUUUACCCGACCCUCCCUUAAUGCUUGAAAAAAAAACUCCCCUAUAUCCCCAAAAAUUAUGAAAUAUAAAGUGGAUAGCAGAGAACAUGCCUACUGUUUACCCUCACUCCUAGGACAGACCAGAGCCUUAGAUAUGCAGUUUUAGAAACUGUUCUUAGUUUUGUAAGCGUUACAUGGCAAAGUAGCCAGAACGUUGUGGAUUUGCAGAACACCGUGGACAAGGGUAGGGGUGAACAUGUAUAGCUUUCUAUAAACGCAUUUCAUGCAAUUCUAAGUAAUUUUACAUGACCGGAGACGAGCAGAGAGGAUAAUUGAUUCUGCCUGCUUAGCUUUCCAGUGGGGGUCUGCGAGUAAAACUGGUGCCGCAUUUUAUGAAGCGUGAGGGAAGUUCCCGUCUGACCAAAAGAGGACGAGGAACCGACCAGACCCUUACUGUGAGCUGCCCAGGUUGAGACACAUCAUCUGCGAACAAUUGAGGGGCGGCGAAUGACUUCACUAAGGCAAUUAAAAAUAUAUAUAAUAAUUAUUUAAAAAACUGAAACUAAACAUAAAGACGUAGAAGAAGAGUAGGAGGGUACCACUUGCCUUAAGUAAUAGCACAAGGUGAAUGUGAGAGUUGUGUGAGUAAGAAGAUAUUAGUGAGAUUGAAAUUUGGAUAAUAAGCAUAAGAUGAGUUCAACAAAGGAUUUACAUUUGGGAUAAUAAGAGGGUUGUAAUGUGGAUAUUAGGAUAAUAAGAGAUUGACAUUUUGAUACUAAGAGUGAAUGAGAGCUGUCAGGGGACUGGGUUAGGUGGGAAAGAGGUGCUAUUCUAUAUGUAUGGGAAGCACCAAGACUAUAGAGACUAUAGAGACCAUCUAUACACAAGACUGUAGAGACCAUAGCAUUUAUGAUUAUAUAAACUACUGAGACUAUAGACACUGAGAGACUAUAGAUACGAGAGACUUUAGGUACUGUAGAGAGUAUAGAUACUGUAGAUUAUGGACUACAUAGACUAUUGAGACUAUAGACACUGAGAUACUAUAGAUACACAAGACUAUAGAUACUAUAGAUACUGCAGAGACUAUAGAGACUGCAGAGACUAUGGCGACUAUAGAGGAACAGUUGAAGAUACAUAUGACAUGGAAGAAGGCUAGAGCAAGUCUUAAAGAGAGAACUAGAGCGGGGGCAAGUAGUGGUACCAUGCCCCACUGACAGCUGUCUGUAGGCAUUUAUAAGAGAAGUGUCGACGUGGUCUGCAGCCACUGGUAGAGAAUAGCAUAAUGUGCACUACGUGCUAUUCUAUAUGUAUAGUGACGAUGCAUAGGACUUAACGACAGGAGAAUCGUUGAAGAUGCACAUGGGGUAAUAAGGGAGAUUACCGAGUGUGUUUGGGAAUAGUACUAAGUGAAUGUGGAUGUGAAAGUUGUGUUAAGCUGAUUUAAAUUUGGAUAAUAAGCUGUUUGAUUGAAAUUUGGGUGUUAAGCUGAUUAGAAUUUGGAUAAUAAGAUGAUUGCUUAAAAUUUGUAUAUUAAACUGAUAGAAAUGUGGAUAUUAACAGAGAAGAUUUUUGCUAUAACGUACUGAGUGAAUGAGAGCUGUCAGGGGACUAGCUCCAGUGUGAAUGUGGAGGGAAGUGUGAGCUGAGUUUUUUGAUCUAUAUAUUAUCUAAGGGUUCCGUCCACCAUCUCCCAUCGUUGUCUUGGACUACUAAUAAUAGCACGUGUUGUUAUUGAGCACGGGUGUUGUUUUAUAUGUAUAGGAAGUAGCGGUCUAUAGCAUUUCUGGGAAUUGUCUAUGGGGUCUGGGACCACUGUACCAUAGUCUCUGGGAGGCUAGAGAACCGUUGAAGAUACAUAUGGUGCAUAGGAUGAACAUGUUGUGGAUGUGAAUACCUAAGUAUAGAAGUUAUGUAGGGAAAAGUGAAUGUGAAUUUCCUGCAUAGCAGGACAUGCAAACGUGUGUAUUUUAGGUUUAAAAAAGCUUCUAAAGUUAGUAAUUUCCACUUUAAAAUGUCAGACUGGAUU